CAAAGCCAGCAGCUAAGAAAAUCACGAAACCAAAAAGUUGCAUGCUUACUUCAUUUAUUUCUAUAUAUACUGUAACGAUUGGAAAAUCCAUCACAACACACACCACCACAAUCAAAUUAACUUCCCUUUCUUCCUUUGAUAAGACUCGCCAUUUUUCUAGGCAUGGCAGGAGCAACGACUACCCCUCUAGUAUUCACAGUGCGAAGGUGCAAACCAGAACUGGUUGCACCGGCAAAGCCAACACCCCAUGAAUUCAAGCAACUGUCUGAUAUUGACGACCAAGAGGGUCUUCGGUUUCAUAUCCCGGUGAUACAAUUCUACCGAGAUAAUCCCUCGAUGCAUGGGCAAGACCCUGUGAAAGUCAUCAGAGACGCACUUGCACAAACGCUAGUGUUUUACUACCCCUUUGCCGGGAGGCUCAGGGAAGGGCCUGGCCGGAAGCUUGUAGUAGAGUGUACCGGCGAGGGUGUUAUGUUUAUCGAGGCCGAUGCCGAUGUUACUCUUCAACAGUUUGGCGAUGCACUUCAACCCCCGUUCCCAUGCAUGGAGGAGCUCCUUUUUGAAGUUCCCGGCUCGGGAGGGAUCCUCAAUUGCCCAUUGCUGCUUAUCCAGGUGACACGCCUCAAGUGUGGUGCAUUCAUCUUUGCCCUACGUUUCAACCACACAAUGAGUGAUGCCACUGGCCUGGUUCAGCUCAUGAUGGCCAUGGCCGAGAUGGCACAUGGUGCACGUGCCCCAUCCAUUCAGCCUGUGUGGCAAAGACACCUUCUUAAUGCAAGAGACCCACCGCGUGUGACGUGCACACACCGAGAGUACGACGAAGUGACUGACACUAAGAGCACCAUCUUCCCACUUGACGACGUGGCCCACAACUCAUUUUUCUUCGGCCCUAAUGAGGUGUUUGCCCUUCGUAGAUUCGUGCCACGUCACCUAAGGCAAUGCUCCACAUUCGAGGUACUCACCGCCUGCCUUUGGCGCUGCCGUACCAUAGCACUACAACACGAUCGUGAUGAGGAGGUGCGCUUGUUGUGCAUCGUCAACGCACGCAAAAGACUCGACCCUCUAUUACCGACCGGUUACUAUGGUAAUGGUUUUGUAUUCCCUGCGGCGACAACAACUUCUAAGAAGCUUUGUGAGAAUCCGUUAAGUUACGCUUUAGAAUUGGUGAAGAAAGCGAAGAACGAGGUGACGGAGGAGUACGUGAGGUCGGUGGCAGAUAUGUUGGUGAUAAGAGGUCGACCCCACUUCACUAUGGUGCGAUCUUACGCCGUGUCGGAUGUGACACGUGCCGGGUUCAGAGAGGUGGACUUUGGGUGGGGCAAGGCAACUUAUGGUGGACCAGCAAAAAGUUUUGGGGCGGGGACCAUGUCGAGAGGGACAAGCAUAAGCUUUUAUGUACCUUUUAAGAACAGCAAGGGAGAGGAUGGGAUCGUGGUCCCAAUUUCCUUGCCUGCUCCAGCCAUGGAAAGAUUCAUCAAGGAGUUGGAUUGCUUGUUGACUGACAAGCCAGUUAAUUAGCUGCCAGAAAAAAUCCAAACUUUGAAGCCAAUUUGCCAAUGGCUGUUAAUGUAAGAUAAAAGGGACGACUCAAAUGUGUUGAAGAUCCAAUCGAUCUCAUCGGCAAUAUAUAUAUAUAUAUAUAUAUUACAUGCAUGUAGUAUUGUGUAUGUCUGGCAGUCCAUUUUCUCAAAGGUGGUUGGCCGAAGAAGUAGUAGAGGGGAAUUAAGGGGGUUAAAGGUUUCUUUUGGCUAGAGUACAGUUGAUGACAUGGUAUAAUUGUGGUUGAUCGUUCAUUUGAGUCAAAUGAACGAUCUAGAUUUGGAGAAUUGCAGGACCUGAAUCCACUAGAAUGAGUACCAUUUGCAAGAAAUAUUCUAGACUACCAAAUCAAACGUCAAGAAAUAAAGAAAAAAAAAAAAAAAAAAAAGGUUGUUGUGGGAAUACUUUAUU